AUGAAGUUCUUAUCUACUGCCGCCGCAGUCCUCCUCAGCGUCGCUCCCUUCGCCGUUACCGCUCGGUCAAUCGACUUCUUCAACUCGCAGUCUCCAAUCAGUACCAAUGGAAUCCCUGUCAAAGGCGACAAUCCCUUAGAAUACUGCGCCAAUCCUUCUGGCGACGUUCUCGAAAUCAAGAAAGUCGACUUGUCCCCGAAUCCUCCUCUUCCUGGCCGUACUCUUACGAUCGAGGCCAGUGGCACAUUGAAGGAGCCGGUCGAGAAGGGUGCUUACGUUCUGCUCGAGGUCAAAUACGGUCUGAUUACUCUGAUCAGGCAGAAGGCCGAUCUCUGCGAUCAACUUACCAAUGUUGAUCUCGAAUGCCCGUUGAACAAGGGCGAUCUGGUCCUGAGAAAACAGGUUGACCUGCCUAGUCAGAUCCCUCCGGGCAAAUACACGGUCCAUGCCGAUGUCAUGUCUGUGGAUGAUGAGCGGAUUACCUGCCUCGAAGCCCAUAACAUUGAGUUCAAGAGGGGCUCUCUCUUUUAAAUGUCAAGAGCAUAUUUUGAGAUGCUCACCACUCAUCUUAUGAUGCAUAAGAGUUGUGGAUCGUGCUAAAUGUCUACGGGCUUCUUUGCCGAUCAUGAUCAUCUGUUUUGCGAGCUUAAAUCCGUCUUGUGACCUCCUUAUGUUUUGAGUCAGGUUAUUAUGUCCACUUAUUCUGCUUGUUGUUGACCAGUGCUCCAUUAGCUAGUGUUUUACGCUUCACGAUCAUUACUACUCGGCCUCCUCGCCUGCGUUCUCUUAUUUAUGGCGUUCUGGAGCAUUUGCUCAGAGACUAGCAUACUGUCAUAUUGUUCACGACCGUUCACCGUUGGGCCUCCUGUCACCAUAGUACUAAUAGCAUGUGUACCAAGAUCAAAUGAGCAGACUUUGUCUGCUAGUGUAUCAAAGAUCAAACUGCUAAACCCCCUAUCCAGAG